CAAGGGAGGGUGGGACGUGGAGCCGCUGUGGCGGAGCGGGAGGUCGUCGUCCCCUGCCCCCUCCCCCCCCCCCCUCCCCCCCAAACUGUUUUGGCUGAACUAGAUCCCGACUCCUCGUCCCCAAGAGGGGGGGGGGUGUCUCUGCUGUGGGGGUGGGGGGGCACCCCCCUUUUUCCCUCCACCUCCCCCCCCCCCCCGCCUGGCUCUCCCCCGAAAUGAAAUAGGACCCCUUGCUCUGUGCGGGGUGGGCCGGCGCUGGAUGGCCCCCCCGCUAAGAUGCUGGCCCCCCCCUGAAGCAGAGCGGACCCCGACGUCACCCGGACUGGGGGGAAUCCCGCCAUGGGGGACGCGGAGGAGAGGCUGGUUUGGGGGACAAACGGAGGGGACGGACGUCAGACACCCCCCGGGCAGCUGGGGGUCUCCCCGGGGGGGGACGAGGCUGAGGCAGGGGCGCCCGUUUCAGGGGGGGCAUGCGAGGGUGAGGAGCCCAGGACGUCCCCAAAAGUGGUAGGAGAGGAGGAGGAGGAGGAGGAGGAAGAGCUGGAUCCCAGGAUACAGGAGGAGCUGGAGCACCUCAACCAAGCCAAUGAGGAGAUCAACCGGGUGGAGCUCCAGCUGGACGAAGCCCGCACCGCGUAUCGCCGGAUCCUUUCCGAAUCGGCCCGCAAGCUCAACGCCCAGGGCUCCCAGCUGGGCAACUGCAUCGAGAAAGCCCGACCUUACUACGAAGCCCGGCGCCUCGCCAAGGAGGCUCAGCAGGAGACGCAGAAGGCGGCGCUGCGCUACGAGCGGGCCGUCAGCAUGCACAACGCCGCCCGCGAGAUGGUCUUCGUGGCGGAGCAGGGCGUGAUGGCCGACAAGAACCGCCUGGACCCCACCUGGCAGGAGAUGCUCAACCACGCCACCUGCAAAGUCAACGAAGCGGAGGAAGAGCGGCUGCGGAGCGAGCGGGAGCACCAGCGCGUCACCCAGCUGUGUCAGCAAGCCGAGGCCAAGGUCCAAGCCCUCCAAAAAUCCCUCAAGCGCGUCAUCGUGAAGAGCAAGCCUUAUUUCGAGCUGAAAGCCCAGUUCAACCAGAUCCUCGAGGAGCACAAGGCCAAGGUGACGGCGUUGGAGCGGCUGGUGUCGCGAGCCAAGACCCGCUAUUCGGUGGCCCUGCGGAACCUGGAGCAGAUCAGCGAACAGAUCCACGCGCGGCGGCUCCAGCGCCUCAUCGUGCGCCGAGCCUCCCCCGUGGGAGCCGAGGCCAGCCCUCAGCACGCCGGCGCCGAGCUGGGGGUGACGGGGGGGACCCGGUUAGGGGCUGAGUGCCCCCCAGCCGACACGUUGUCGGUGCUCAGCCUGCAAACCAUCGCCUCCGACCUCCAGAAGUUCGACUCGGUCGAGCAUUUGUUGGGUUUGUCGGACGCUACCAGCCUCAACAGCGACGAGCUGGAGGAGCGGGAGCGACGCCGGGGCGGGCAGGGUCACUUCAAACAUCAUCGGAGCAUCAGCCUUUAGCCCCCCCCCAUCCGCCCCCCCCCCCCCCGGCCCCCCCAAUUUUGUGGCUUCUCCCCUCCUUGGGGAACCCCCCAAAACGGCGGUGGGUGCCGCCGGUCCCUCCCGGGGAUGCCGGAGCGAAGGGGGGCGACGGUUGGAAGCUCCUUGUUGAGAAAGGUGACGCCGGCGGCGGCCAAAAUGUAGGGGGGUUGUUGGGGUUCACCCCUGGAAUUCGGGGGGGGGGGGACGGGGGGGGUCAGUGGGAGCCGUGUCCCGUGGGAUGCGGGAUGUUGGGAUAUGGGGGGAAGCUGCCCCUUGGUGGGGGGGGGGUGUUGGCAGCGAGCGGCUGGGUGGGCGAGGCUGCUAACGAGGCUGCUAAUGAAGCUGCUAACGAAGCCGCUCAGUCGCGGCCCCUCCUCGACGGAGGAGCUGCACCCCAAAAAAUGUAGGGGGGGGGCACAACACCCUACCAAUCCCCCCUCCUUUCACCCACAAACCGCCCCCCCCCCCCCCCCCCCCUCAAUUUCAAGCAGUUAUUUGAGGUUAUUUUCCAGCGAAAGGCGAGGCAGAACCCGAAUUGCACUAACAGAAUUGAUGGGGGGGGGUGUGGGGGGGGUGCCCCCCAACUAUUUCGGGGUACGGGGAGCGCUGCGGCCGUGCCGGGGCUGUGAUGAGAACCGCAGCCGGUUGGAGGCUGCCCCGGGGGUCGCUUGGGGAGUUAUUUGCCAGCGAGUAAAAUUUAUUUCCUUCCCCCCCCCCCCGCCUUACUGCCCCCCCCUGCAACUCCACGUGGUUUUAUUCACUCCGUUGCACCCCGGGUACCCCAAAAAACACCCCCCCUGCCCCCCCCAGCCCUGAUAUUCCGGCAUCUGGGGAGCAGCUCGAAGCCUUGGGGGGGGGUGGUGGGGGGUAACGCCUUUGGGGCCGGGGUCGUUGGGCUCCUACAGGGGCAAUUGUGCUUCCUGAGGUUUUAAAAAAAAAAUCCAUCGCGGGGACGGGGUCGAGUCCCUGAAACUUGAAAAACCAAACCAAUAGCCCCAAAUAUUAUUAACAUAAAUAAAUAAAAAAAAUCACUAUUAUUAGUAAUGACA